GUGGCGGCUGGCCAGCGAAACGCCGAAACCCCCCGCGGCCAAAGCCAAACCGCCCCACCAGUCAAAGUCGGGCCACGAAUGACCGAGUGCGUUGGGGGAAGCUGGCCAAACAUUUCCAUCGCUGCCGCCCGCCAUCCCGACGGAAACCGCCCUGCCGCUGCCGGCGCCCGGCGGCUGCCUGAUUAUUGCCACACGGCACACUUGGAAAGUCAGACGAGAAAGCGUGUUGGGCUUCUCUCUCAGCACCGGACCGGAAACCGACCGCGAAACCGCACGCCUUCUGCCUUCAUAUAUUACCGGAACAGGCCUCCGCUUGUCUGCCUUGGUGCUCGCGAGUCGCAACCAGCCCAACCCCAGCCAAGAAGCAACGCGGCGGCGGCCGGCACCGCAUCGGGUUGGUUGUUGGGUUCAUCCACGACGCAGCAGGCCGGAGGAAGGAGCGGAGGCGAUGUGCUGCUGCGGCGACGGGGAGUGCCGGCCGCUCGGGUGGCUCCUGGGCCUGCCCUUCGCGGUGCUCGCCGUCCUCGUCUCCUUCGUCGGCGCCAUCAUCUGGAUCAUCGGGCUGCCCAUCUCGUGCAUCUGCCCCUGCUGCCUCUGCGUGACGGUGCUGCUGGAGGUGGCCGUGGAGCUCGUCAAGGCGCCGCUCCAUGUCAUGACCUGGUUCACCUCCAAGAUACCCUGCUGAUGCUGAGUGCCGACGAUCUUCACUUCAUCCCAGUCCCAGUAGCUGCCCCCGAUCAUACGUCUUCUUGCUUUAGCCGGAGAGAUUGCUGUACAUUCGUUCCGAUCCGUCUCGUCGUCGGUUGAGUCAUCGUAGUACUCUGGGUCCUGCAAUUGAUUUUUCCACGGAUUUGGCAACUGUGUGACCUUGUGAUAAAAGUACGACCAAUAGCACUACUACUUCUUGUUCUUGAACUGAA